ACCAACACUUCUAAUCAAACAAAAACCUAGCUAGCUGCAAAAACAAUGGCCAACCUCAAACUCUUCGGUGCUCUUCUUAUUGCUCUCUUUGCUGUGGCCACAGCAACCACCUACACAACUACCGUCACCACAAUCACCACCACCACCGAAGACGAAGGAUCCUCUUCGCAGCAAGGCAGCAGGCAGCAAUGUCGUGAAGAGAUCCAAGGCAAGGACUUCAACAUGUGUGAGAGAUUCCUUAUCCCGGAUCAACAACAAGGAGGAGGAAGUCUGAGAAUGAUUGUCCAGAGUGACGAGGGAAAACAAAGACGAGAAGAACAACAAGAGCUGCAGACACAAUGCUGCGAAGAGCUGAAACAAAUUAAGCCCAUGUGCCGAUGUGCGGCGAUUGGGGAUGUUGUGAAGCAACAGAUGGAGGGUGGACAAAGCAUGCAAAGCAAGAAAAUGAGACAGAUGCUGCAGAAGGCCCAGAAUCUCCCGAGUCGAUGCAAGUUUGAUCAGCCACAGGAAUGCAGCUUUGGACAGACCUACUGGAUUGCAUAAACAUUUUCGUGCAUGAGUCUGAAUUAAUAAACUUGGAUUUAGAUAGGCAGGCAGCUAGCAAUUAACCUUUUUUAUAU